AUGCGCAAGCACCUUGUAACAAAAAUGGGAAGACCAACCUUCAAACCUCUACACCUCAACCCAAAUGUCCAGCAGAACAUUGGCUGUCAUUUUUGGAAUGGAAUUAAGACUUCUAAACCUGUCGGUAUGUUGUCUUUCAGUUAAAAGAAAAGAAUAAAAGAUAGAUACAGUAAACUGAAAGGAGCAUUCCCUGGAUGCCUAGCUCCAGGUUUGGGGCAAGUACUCUUUGGUGAGAGAGCCCCAGCAGAAAUUUAAAAUCACAAAAGUAUGCAGCAAAGUCAAGCAUGGAAACAGAGGCUUUAAAAUAUCCGCUUCUAAGUUGCUUCCAAAGUCCCCCAAUUCCCUUAGCAUAGAAAGAGACCAUACAUUUGGCAAGUCAAAAAAUGGUUACUUACAAACUCUUCAAAGGUCAGAUUCAUGUGCUUUUCCAUGCAGCAGUCAGAAAACACGGGCAGUCACACUUAAGAUUAGUUCCAAAGUGGUGAAAGAUCCAAAAUUAAUUGUAUAGAAAUACAAAGAUGGCUUGCUUAAGCGACGUGGUCUCCUUGCCGGAAGGGUUCACAUGAUACAAGUGUGGUGGAAAGUGGGAGAACCAAGAGUUUGAUAGCCCUCCCUUUGAAUGUGAGCAGAGGUGACCUUGUCAAACCUUGCAGGACAGCAUACACUAUGGUCUUAAUCCUUCCAUGCAUUAAUUCGAGUUGAGUGCGUUGGUUACAAAACCCAGGGGACAGUGCCAGGGUUUGGCUGCAUUUUCAUUUUGAAAAAUCAUCUUUUGCAUCAUUCAGAUGUUUCUCUAAGGGAGCCUCCGUUUGUACAUAUGUGGAGCAUGCCGAGAUCUGCAGAGACGGAACUCGCACGCGCAUUUCAUCCCACAGGGCUGUUUUUUCCCUUUUCUUUUUAAUAUAGAACGUUACUCAAAACGUGUGCCCUAAAAUUCAGCUGCGCUGAAAAUAUAUCCCGUGUUCCAGCUCCAGCCAUUUCCGGAGGCUUAUUAUGGGGUGCAGGAAUUGCCCUUGCUCUGACAGCUGGUCUGGGGAGAGGGGUGGCUCCUCCUCCUGGAGAGGAGGCAAAAGACAGGCAGGGACCUGAUCCAUCACCAGAGGGAGGUGCCAUCCAUCAGUUUGCAGGGGGAAAGAAAUUGCUUUCUGAAAUUGUGAAAGGGGUAGAAAAUCUUGGGUGAAAUUCUCGUGGCUUUUUGCUGUGCGUACCUUACUCUCGGGACGUGGGUGGCGCUGUGGGUUAAACCACAGAGCCUAGGACUUGCCAAUCAGAAGGUCGGCGGUUCGAAUCCCUGCGACGGGGUGAGCUCCCGUUGCUCGGUCCCUGCUCCUGCCAACCUAGCAGUUCGAAAGCACGUCAAAGUGCAAGUAGAUAAAUAGGUACCACUCCAGCGGUAAGGAAACAGCGUUUCUGUGCGAUGCUCUGAUUUGCCAGAAGCGGCUUAGUCAUGCUGGUCACAUGACCCGGAAGCUGUACGCUGGCUCCCUCAGCCAAUAAAGCGAGAUGAGCGCAGCAACCCCAGAGUCGGCCAGGACUGGACCUAAUGGUCAGGGGUCCCUUUACCUUUUUUACCUUACUCUCAGGGUGACUGGGGGGUUUGUGGGCAGUUUCUUUCCUUCUGCAAAAGAAUGUGUUGCACUCUUCAGCCUUGCUGUUUGCCUGUGUUUCCCCAAACCUCACGACAUUCUCAACUUGGCUUUCCCAGUUGCACGAGAAGGUCAGGUACUCUCUAUUCUGCAACUGCUCUUUUUUUGGGGGGGGUGCAUGAAAUUUUAUUAACUUUUAAACAAAUCCAUGUGGAUCUUUUUUUAAAAAAAAAAAAGAUAAAGGAAGGGGAAGACUUCCCUCAAAAACAAAAUCAGCAGGCACCCUGAUCUCCAGCAACUUGAUAGCUGGCUUCCCCAGUUUUCGAUGCUUCAAUUAAUGCCCAGGGUUAGAUGUCAUAAGUAAGACAUUGCAGGGGGUUGGUCUAGAUGACCCUUCGGGUCCCUUCCAACUCUACAAUUCUAUGAAUCUGUGACUUUUCCCAUGGGGCUUUUCUUAAAGAUAAAUAAAUCCGGAAGCUCAGGUAACCAGGUAGGCUGCAGAACGCUGGAGAAAUGUCGAAAGGGGAAGUGACCCUCCCCGUUGUUUUCAUCACUCUCUGCCAAGAAAUGCUACACCUGUUGAAUUUCCAUGUAUUUUGUUUUACAAAAGAAAGUGACAGCCAAAUUUCAAUGUGUUCUAGGUGACCCAUGCUGGAGCUUUGCAGAGGAUUCAAACCUGUGCCUUUCCCAUGCCAGGCUGCAGGAGGGAGGUCGUACUACACAAGACUUCCACCAUGCUGUAAAUAAAUAA